AUGAAUGCACAUAUGCCAACAUCAUCUCUUUGUGCUUCAUAUCAAGAGUUUCAUAAAUCGUCAUCAUUAUCAAAGAUUGCAUUAUCAGAUCAACGUAGUACUUUUCCACCGAUGUCAACCGGAUUUGUUUCGAAACCUAAUAAUACUCUACCGAAUGAUACUCAAAUACAGGAUACAACUGCUUCGUCUAAUAAUAAUUGUAUAUGUAAUAGGCCAGCUAGUCAUAUUGUUUGUACCAGAUGCGGGUUUGAACUUGUCGGACGACUUCAAAAGGUUUGUCCUGAUCAUCCAAAGAAAUUAGCGCUCAUGGAUCAUCGAGAAUGUCCCAACAGACUAUGCAAAAGUAUUCACUUAAUUGAAGUAUCACUUCAACAAUGA